CAAAAAAUCACUAUUUCAAAACUCAGUUUUUCCAAAAAGCUCUUUUUAAUGGGUAUCAAAUAUAGAUUAAAUGUUGCAUUGUGCAAGGAAGAUGAACAAAUAUAUAUUUGCAACUAAGCAAUUUCUUAAAUAAAGAAAAGCAAAUGAUCAACCAGAUUGAACAAAAGCAAUGUGGGAAUGAAACCCCGAAGUUUAUCGCACAUGAUGCAUAUUGUAAAUAAAAUAUAUACACACACAUAGACCAAAUAUGUUAGUUCUUGGUGGAUUAGAAUGUAUAUAUUGACUAAUUAUGCAAACAAUUUAAUUUCUUGAUAUUCUUAGUCCACCAUUUCUUUAAUUUUAUGUCCAUGUAUAAACCUCCCCCAAUUUCUGCGGUGUGCUGUCUUUGAGAUUCAAAUAAUAAGUUAGCAAUAACUCUUCUUACCCCAUUAUCUCUAAAAACCAAUGCUUCUCACUAAUCACCAUAUAAAGAUCCAUCUUAUGCCUCCAUUGGCAUUCUCAUUACAAUCUCUGAGCUCUACUAGCAAUUAAAGAAAAAAGCAACAAAUCACUCUCUCACAAAAAGUAUGGUGAAAAAUGAGUUGACUACCAUUGAUAUGGGGGAGACUAGUAAAGAAAGGAAAGGAAAAGCACCCCUUUUGGGAGUGGAGCAUGCAAGAGGAGGAUAUAAGAGAGGCAUUAGCAUAUUCGACUUGAUACUUCGAAUAAGUGCCUUUGCAUCAGCUUUAGCAGCAACGGUUGCAAUGGGAACCACUGAACAAACACUUCCCUUCUUUACUCAGUUCUUCCAGUUCCAAGCAAGCUAUGAUGAUCUCCCAACUUUCUUGUUCUUUGUGAUCGCCAUGGCAAUUGUCAUAAGCUACCUUAUUCUCUCCAUCCCCUUCUCCAUCGUGUGCAUUGCACGCCCUUUCGCAAUAGGCGCAAGGCUCCUACUAAUUAUCUUUGAUAUUGUAAUGGUUACUUUGACUACUUUUGUAGCAGGUUCCUCCGCAGCCAUUGUAUAUUUGGCUCACAAUGGGAAUUCAAAUGCAAACUGGCUUGCAAUAUGUCAACAGUUCGAUGAUUUCUGUCAAAGGUUUAGCCGAGCUAUGGUGGCAGCCUUCAUCACGGUGGUUCUCCUCUUUUUUAUGGUGGUGCUAUCAACUGUUGCUCUCAGAAAACACUAAUUUACAAGAUUCUUUUAUAGAUUGAUGUAUUUUUCACUUUUUCCUUUUUUUGUUAUUUUUCUGGUUCAUAAUUUCUAUGGUUGUUUCG